ACGAUCGUUUUUAUUUCCAUAACGCGGGCAUGAAGUGUAUUCAAGAGAGAAAACAUGGCGUUGGGAUACAUAACACAGACUUCACGAUUUCGGAGCUUAUUUUGGGUUCUAAUUUGUUAUAUGAUGCCAAUAGGUUCAGGCAAACUUGAUUGGGAGAUUCGCCUGGAUGGCUCACGGCUAUCCACCGAGGGGAGAGUAGAAUUGUUCUUAGAUCGCCAAUGGGGUACCAUCACGGAUAUUAAUGCGUGGGGCUACAAUGAAGCUAGUGCAGUCUGCAAGCAGCUUGGAUACCAAGGCAACCAAGUUGCGGUUCUUGGAGGUGGUUAUUACGGUCGAGGCAGUGGCCCAGUCCAUCUUGCGAAUGUGACGUGUCCGGAGGCAGCAACAUCCUUGGAACAAUGUUCGUAUGUCCAAGUGACGAGAGAACACAAUAACCAUGAACUCGACGUGGCCAUUACUUGCGAUGCUGCAAUUCGCCUCAAAGGGAGUCGAACUAGUGGACGAUUUUUGAACGGCAUUGUUCAAGUAUAUACCAACGAGUGGAUCACCUUAUGCACGUCUUACUGGACAAGUGCCAACUCGAAGGUGGCGUGUAGACAACUUGGGUAUCCAGUAGGACGUGCUUCUUCGAUUAGGGUUCCUGAGACAUUAACCUCAGUAUACAGGAGGGAUUACCGAUGCAUCGGCGAUGAAACGACAUUGGAAGAAUGUCCCAGCCAUGUUAAUGAUUUAACAUCUUGUCAAUUGCAUGUCCCUUAUAUAAAUUGUAGCAAUGAGGAGACGUCUGCAGCUUCACCCUCUAACGAUAGGUCAAAAUUUACACUCUCCACAAUCUCUGGAUUUAUAGUCUUCCUCGUGAUCAUCAUCAUGGUCCUCCUAGGUUACCUUGUCAGUGUGAAGAAAAGAUCCAGCAGACACAGGCGAUGGAUCACAUUAGCUAAUGGACGGCAACAAGAUCGACCAAGUGAGACGGAGAGAAGAAGGAGGAGGAGGAGGAGGAGCUCAGGGAGAGUGAGAAGGAUUAGCCAAAGACGUCAAACACCUAAUGUCAAUACCAUCAGUAAUGGACAACAGGGGAACGACGAUGACUUGCCUCCUUACUCGCGCCUUGAGGAAGACAUACCACCGCCGUACUCACAGCUGUCUCUCCCACGGAUUGAGAUCCCGGUUGUAGGAAGAGAGGAACGUUACACCGAACAACCUCCGCGGUAUACCGAGACUGACGCUAUCGAUUUCUUCCAAGAGCUUGACGCAGAUCAGUUGCGAUUACAAUAUGAGAACACGGCGGACGCUGAACGGUUUGCUGCUCGCUGCGAUCAACAGUCACCUCCGGACUAUUCCACAGCGGUUGAAUCGCCGCAGAUGAAUACUCAGUCUGUAGGUCAUCAUACUGAACUGGAAACUCUUUCCUUGCAAGGCUCCUCAAGCUCUGGCGAUGAGGGCGAUGAUAUAUCCCUAUCAGGCUGCCGAAACCCAAUCCCCGUUAUCCCUAAAGACAUGGUCAAUAUGGACGCAAAUGUAACAUCAGUUGAAGUGUAGUAACUACGAAAGAGGCUUAGUUUAUUUAGAGGUAGUUUUAAAAAGAAAAAUCAGUAGCAAAAAUUACAUUUUUCUUUAAAAAUAAACAAACUCAAUAUACAAGCAAGAUAGUAAUCAAUACUAUUUACAAGGGAGAAGAUAACCACGCGUAACUAAAUUCACUCUAUUCUAUUAAACAAUCAUGUUACUGGUCAGAACGAUUAUACAUUGUAUUCGCAAGGUAAGGUAUAAAAAUAAACAAGGACAAUUUUCAAGUUCUACGUAGAAUGGCUGAAUAUUCGUUGAACGCAAAACUGUAUUAGCAAGUCUGAGCUAAAAUAUAUUUGUGACAAUAUAAAGUGGGGGUUAUUCAAUGAAUAAAUCUGGGUAUUUUCACUACGAGUCUCGUCGUUAUAAUGAUGAACAUGUCCUAUCUUUUACACUCAAUUACCAAUAAUUGAUUUUGUAUUCUGAAAAAUGCCAAGAAGGUGAGAUGACGGUGCUGGAUAUAGGUAUUGGGAAAUGACCGGAACUGUACAAAUGUUCACCAACAUUAUGUUGCCGUUUAAAUCAUUAUAAAUUAUUGUAUUUCCUGAUAUAAAAUUUCCUAUCUGGUAGAUUCUUGUCGCUUUUCACGAAGAAUAUAUACUGUUUAUUCAAUAAUAUCCUCCUAGCUGGCGCCCUUCACUCACUGCUCGAAGAAGUAGAGUCCUUCGACAAUUCAGUCCAACAUGUUUGUAUUAAUGGACGGUAUUCUGGUAUUGUGAUGGUGUCUUAAUUACAUGUAUAAGACUUUUUCUCUCUUCUGAUGAUCUUGGUCAUUAUCAUGGUCAUGACAAACUUUACCAUUUUCUCGAAUUCAGGCAACCAAAACAGCCAAGUACAAUCGUGUCAAUUUUUGUUUUGUUUUGUUCGUUGUCCCCAUAUGGGCUGCAUAGCUCUCUUCAGCCGGACGGCUGUUCUUCUGACGGGUCCAGAUAUGGAUAGGACCUACACAAAAAUAAAGGUGAGAGAAACCCGUACAAGUUUGUAUACCCGAUACAAUGGAAAGAGUACAAGGAGACUGCAUCAAGAUAAGACUCGGCAUUACAAAUUUAAGAUUUGACGUUAUUUGAAAGAUAU